AUGAAAAGAAAGGGCAACCCACGCAAGACCUUUACAGCAUCCUCCAUUCAUCUUUCCUCACCUCCAAUAAAGCAGGACAAGAAGAGAAUAAGACGUGUAUCCUUCUCAACAAAAAAUCCAGAAGUGCAAGUCUUUGAACCUGCAAAAAGUCCAACACAAUUUAGAAAAAAAUCGCUUAACAAGAAUUUAUUUGAUGGUGAUGAUGAAAAUGUAACAAUGGAUUUUACUGACUAUGUAAAUGAUAAUGGAAUGGUUUAUGAAGAUCAAACAAUGGAAUUUACCACUAUCAUCAAUGGAAAUGUCUCCAUUAUUGACGAUUCCACGAAGAAAUCUCAACCAUCCACAAGUACUGCUAGCUCUCUUAUUGUCUCAUCCUCUAAUGGAGGCCAAAACUCUAAACAACCUUCAAGUCACAAACCCUCUUUCAACUUGUUACAAAUGACCUCUUCCCAAACCGUAAGCUCCACGCACCAUGAAGAAUAUGAUCCAACUCCUGCUCCAGCAAUACCAGAUGCCUCCUUCUUAUUUGGAUAUGAUGACGAUGACGAGGAUGGUGAUGUUAAUUUUUCAUUAAUGGAUAGAUCAAUCUCUCAACCAAUUUCGAAUAACAAUUCUCAAAUCAAUGAUUCUUUACUUGCAAUAGUACCAGCAUCAUCCACCUUUGCAGCUAAUAGUAUCACCAGUGUUCCUACUACCAAGAAUAACAGUAUUUUGAUGACAUCGAAUGCUGACAUUGUAAUGCCAGACUAUUUCUCAAUUUUCAAGAACCUUUCUAAUAGUAUUCUUAUGGAUGCAGAUGAAGUUGAUGAGAAUGCAAAGUACACUCUUUCUGAUUUUUGGUCACAUUUGUCGAUUAGAUUCCUCACAACUAUUACUGACAGAAAGUCAAUCAUCCCACAAAGUAGAAAGAGCUUGAAUAUUAAUUUGCCAAGUGAAGAGAUCAUUUCCAAAUACACUACAGCAAAGAUAUCUAAUGAAUCGUUACAAAAAGUUGUUACACAAACUAGAAAAAAGAUUGAGGUAAUGGAGAAGGAAAUUUUAGAUAAGGAAGAUGCUUUCAAAUAUAAUGAACCAAAGAUUAUCAGAAGUGUCAUGACUAGACCAAAGAAUUUAGAUAUUCAGAACAAUGUUCGUUAUUCAAUCCAAACUGCAAAGACUGGAGCCACUAUUGAAAAAUUGAAAAUCAAAUCAGAAUUACAAAACGUUCAACAGGAUUUACUGAAUAAGGAUAUCCUCAAACUUGAUGAUCAAAUCAAAUAUGUUGAUCAAUACAUUCAACACUAUGAAUACUUGCUUCAAAAUCUGCAAUCAGAAGUGGCUCAACAACGCGAAAAGAAAAUUAUGGAAAAGAAAAAGACAGAAAUUAUUGUCCAACCACAAACUAUCAAAUCAGAUAGAGUUAUCCCAACAACCACCACAACAACUAGGGAAGUCAAGCCUUCAAGUAUUAUCAUUUCAUCUGAAAAGUCAUCUAAUGAAAUCAAGUUUAGAAAGAGAAGAUCCACACAGAGAUUUACAAUUUCUGCACAAGAUUUACUCAUUUCUCAUCCAAACUUGUUGAACCUAUUCAAGACAAAGUUUGUACCUUUUACUGUAGAUAGAAAACACUCCACAUUGCAUUUCAGUUUCCCAUACGAAUCCAAAAAGCUUGGAGUCAAUAUCAAGUUUCAUCCAAAAGACUUUACAAUCAAUAAUAUCAGCAUUACACCUCCUGCCUUUGUACUUAGCAAGGGGUAUGAUGAGGUGGAGAAUAAUCUAUUCAAAUUGAUUGAAUGUCACAUUGUAAAUGUUGUCAAGAAGUAUAAUCAUAAUGCAUACCUUCCAACCAUUGUUCCUACAAUGUCUAGUCUGAUACAGUUCAUGAGCUUGUUCGUUAAGGAAAUCAAAAUACUAAGAUCUAAAUCCAAUCCAAAGAGAAUUAUCAAUAUCACAAAAUGUAAAUUGAACGAAGAUGAAAAGGAAGAGUUUGAAUCCUUAUCUCUUAAUAUUAGGCAAACAAUAAUAUCAAGCAAUAACUCGAUACACCAAGAAGGGUAUGAUAUUGAUAUUUCAUGCGUGGACUCUAGUAUUCACCUAACAAUCAACAAUGGUAACUCUACAAAACAGUUCAACUAUGACUGUAAUUUACUGGAGCACAUUAAUGUUUAG